CGAAAGCGGAACAUCCAUCCAUCAUGACCUGCAAGAGAAGAAACAACGGACGUAACAAGCACGGACGCGGACACGUUAAGUUUGUCCGUUGCAUCAACUGCUCCAAGUGCUGCCCCAAGGAUAAGGCCAUCAAGCGUUUCACCAUCCGUAACAUGGUUGAGGCUGCUGCCGUCCGCGAUCUCCAGGAAGCCUCUAUCUACGAGGAGUACACCAUCCCCAAGUUGUACGUUAAGUUGCACUACUGCAUCUCUUGCGCUAUUCACGCUCGCGUUGUCCGUGUUCGUUCCGUCAAGGACCGUAAGAACCGUGCUCCUCCCCCCAGAUUCAGAUUCCAGAAGACGGCUGCUUAAAUUUGGGACAUACAAUUGAUGGAUAUCAUGGUUCCCAUUCUGUCACCAAAAACAAAAAUCAAUUUUAAAUAUAAUGAUAAUAAUAAUGAUAAAGAGGUCUCUUUUUAUUGUAGACUUGGACAGUGGAUGAACUCCAUUUCCUCUCUUCUUUUUGUGUCUCAUC